AUAAAGUAGCCUCUUUAAGAGGCCUGGCGUCUCGGUUUGAGUCCCAAACGCAAGAGCGGUGUGGUUAAUCUUGGUCGACAUCAUUCCACGCACAAUACGCUAAUGAUUAUUAAUUUGAAUACUUUCUAGCUAUUAUAAUCGUUUUCGUUGGUAUCAACACGGAACUAUCAUCAGUGGGCAGGUGCGGCUUGUGGCUCAACGUUGCUCCGCAUGCAAGAUUCAAUGGAAUUGGCAGAAGCGCUUUGCUCCGUGUUGGAUAAAGUCAGGGCAGCCACUGCCCGCAGGCCAAUUCAUCUCCCAGACACUCUCCCAUGCCUGGUGGCGGUGAGCAAGACCAAGCCGGCGGCCAUGGUGAUCGAGGCCUACAAGCACGGGCAGCGUCACUUUGGUGAAAAUUAUGUUCAGGAAUUGGUAGAAAAGGCAUCGGAUCCCCAGGUUCGGUCGCAAUGUCCUGAGAUAAAGUGGCAUUUUAUCGGCCACCUACAGAAAGGCAAUGUCAACAAGCUCGUGACUACGCCAAACCUGUACGUUGUGGAGACUAUUGACUCGAUCAAGCUCGCUGAACGGGUAAAUGCUUCCUGGCAGAAGAAAAGCUCGGAAAAGUUAAAGGUCAUGAUACAGAUCAAUACGAGCAGUGAAGACAGCAAACAUGGGCUGCCACCUAAAGACACCGUGGACACCGUAAAGCAAGUCUUAGAAAAGUGCACUGGACUAGAGUUCUUUGGAUUGAUGACAAUCGGAAUGUAUGGACAUGACCUGUCCCAGGGACCCAACCCAGACUUUCAGAAAUUGUUGGCUUGCCGUGUCAACGUGUGUGAGAAGCUUGGAUUGAAGCCUGAGACCAUUCAAAUGAGCAUGGGGAUGUCAGGAGACUUUGAACAUGCGAUUGAAGUCGGGGCCACGAGCGUCCGGGUUGGCAGCACGAUUUUCGGAGAGCGUGACUACGGAAACAAGGGAGCGAACAAAGGUAGCGACGGAGAGGAGGAGAGAGGUUCUGCCGGAAGAUAAAACCAAACUCCCACCAUGCCGUCAUGGAACCUUGCUGUUUCAGAACAGUGCUGGACUAGAGUGCUUGCUAUCGCGGAUUUUGGGCGCUUUAAAGAUGCGGUAACAAUUGUACGAUUCUUUGGCUUUAAAGCGUUUGCACUUGGGCAUGAUGUUGUUGCUUUUGCUGGAAGUUUGAAAACAAUAUGCAGGCUGCCCAUUGAUAUCACAAAACACUCGAAUAAGUUGAAAUUCAUAUAUUAGAAAUUAGCAUACGAUUAAUAAUCUGUGAAGUAGUACAUUCACAAAGCCAUUAUUAUAGUCAUAUUUAGAGUCACCGCUCCAUUGUGGUUCGUAAAUUUCAAUUUACUGAGUAAAUUAUAAAGAUAUGCUUUUGUUAGUUAGGUGUGAAUUUUACACUUUGCUAAACACUACAAGAGCAUGUGUUUCUAUAUGUUGUCAUUCUGAUUGUUUAAUAUUUCCUAGAUUUAUAGCGUUCGCAGGAUCCAGUCACUUGAGUUUCCAGUUGCCUUGCAGUGAAACUCACAUUUUGAAAUAUUCUGGUUGAUUUUCAAUGAUACCGCCAGGGUUGUUUACUUCAAUAAAAGUUUUAUGCAUUACCAAGAUUAUAAUUGUUGAUUUUUCAAUUUAAGUCUUCAAAGUGCACACAAUUGGUGAGCUUUCUAAGGUAUCAAUUAUACAUUCUUACGUUAGUGUUUUUCACAUCUGCACGUACUUGUGCCCACAUUUUUGUUAUUUUUAAAAUACUUCCAUCAAAACAGAAUGCUUCAUUAACACGUUUGAGAAUUUAACAAAAAAAUAAAUGCAAAUUCCAAGGCAGACGUUGUAACUCCGAAGAAACACAAUGCAUCACUCCCAUGCAUAAAACUGGCACAAGAGGAUUACGCUGCUCAGUGGAGUAGUUGAAGAUUAACCCGGGUUAGAGUCGACCAUAAAAAUGUGCUUUAGGUUGCAAAAUGUUUAUAUCGUCAUUGAGUGUCACACUUGGAAGUGAUUGUGUAAAAUCAACAUAGGUCUUUAGUUGUAAUGCAAUAGACCUGAAUGAAAAAAAUAUUCUUAUUUAUAUACAGUAUUGGAGAUUGGUAGUGCCAGUGGGUUGAAUUGUAGGUAUACUUUGCAAAAGUGCAUGUUUUGUCUGACUCACUUAUGGAUCUGAAUGACUUCACAUGUGAUUGUGCAACUUCAUCUUCUGGGGCUGUUGUUUUUCCACUGGCCGGGUGCACUGCUCGCUGCGAGAGUUCGGAAUGGAUAAUGUAUUUGUCUCAUGAUAUUGCACUGAAAGCGCAUUGGAAUAUAAACUGAGCAUUGAGACGGUGCUCAUCGCCUACUUACAGCCCUGAGCCAGUGGUGGAAAUUCCCCAUUCCUAUGGCCAAAGCUAGUCUAUCCACAGGACAACCACUGUUGACUCUUCCUGACAAAGUGGAAUUUAUUUUAUCUACUCCAAAGGGAUGAUGCGCUAAGCCAACCCCCGACCAGGAUUUGUACUAACCUUCCAAUUGCGAACGGCUUGCUCCACCACUAAGCUAACUGGCAACGAUAUUGCGGUAUAUAAUACAUUUUUAUCACAUCCCGUUAUCAAUCCACUGCUGAAGACCUUGCCACGCCAUAUCGGUCAUGGGGAUUGUUUGACCAUAAUUCACCAUGCUUGGUCAGUACAGAUUGGUAAAGGAGGGGGCCAGUGCUCAGGACCGGUUCUGGUAUUGCUCGCCACUGAUGUUAUCUGACUGGAAAUAAACAUCGGUUUGCUGA